GAACCAGAAGACUCAAUGGCCAUUAGUUGCUCAUAAUAGAUACUGGUCAAAUUUAACAACAUAUGCAAAGCAAAAUGGAGGAGAUUACGACUUCAUUAUACAGUCUCCUUUAGCCAUACCAACUGAGGAGCGAUUUUGGGAUGAUCUGUUCAGAUAUUCUAGAACAUGGGGAUUGGCAGUAUAUGAACAGGAUUGGUUGGGUAGAGAAUUUGAUACGUUGAACGCCACCUUGACAAGUGCUCGUUUGGGUAACAAUUGGCUUCUACAGAUGGGGCGAGCUGCCCAGAAUAAUGGACUGACAAUACAGUACUGCAUGGCUGAAUCUCGCGACGUUUUGACAUCACUACAAAUACCAGUCGUAACCCAGGCCCGUGUCAGUGAAGAUUAUCAUCCCGGUAAUGAUAACUGGAGACUGGGUGUCACAUCUAUAUUUGCUGAUAGUCUGGGUAUCGCUCCCUUUAAAGAUAACUUCUGGACCACCACAUACCAACCAAAGAACAAUUAUAAUCUGAAUGAACCAAACCCCGGAUUAAUAGCAGCGGUAGCUACUUUAAGUACAGGACCUGUUGGCCCUUCUGACAAAAUAGGGUUUUCUGAUGUUGAAUUGAUAAUGAGAUCGUGUGAUGCUGAUGGUUUGAUAUUGAAACCAAAUAAACCCGCCAUGGCUAUAGAUGCUCGAAUUCUAGAGUUAGCGUUUCAGGAUGGUAUUGGACCAGAAGGAGAAGUUUGGUCAACACAUACUAUGAUCAAUGAUUACUAUUUCCGUAUUGUUCUAGCAGCUGAUAUGAAUUCGUCGUUUAGUCUGCUUCCGUCGCAUAUUGGGUCGUUGUCAACGUUCAUCAUGAAAAAUUCUCAUACUACUGUUGAUGCUAUUGUUCCUCUUCCAUUUACGGAAGACCAGCCACUUAAUCUUACCACUGCCUGUACUAAAUCCAACUUCUGUUUAUAUCACACCAGCAUGCAGUUCUCAUUGUCUGACAGAAACGUUAUUAUUUAUGGAGAGUUCAGUAAAUGGGUGCCAAUGUCCAGAAACCGGGUAAUAUCUUUUACAGUAGGAACCAAUGAUAUACAAUUAGAAUUACAGGGUGCUUAUAUGGAGAUGGUUACAUUUUUAUUCUUUGAAGAUAUGAAUCCCGUUUAUGUGAAAUGCCAGAUUGGAAACAGUGGGCGUGCUACCAUGAGUCUGGUAGAUCGACAAUGUCAGCAACUUUGAGUUGAA